UUUACACAAUUUGACAAGUGAAGAGUUAACGUGAGAGAGAACGUGUUUAUUUUUAUUUUGAGAUACUUGCAAGUAUUUGGAUAGAUUACAGCGGAUUAAUAUAUUGCAACAAAAUAUAUUAUAAUGGGUUCUAAAAAGCAUAAGAAAGAAUCGAAAAAGAAGAAGCACAGGAGCCGAUCUCGCUCACCUCUGGAUGGCGAGGAACGCGAACGUAAACGCCACAAGAAACACAAAGAUCGCAAAAAGGACCGCUCUCCAGACGUGGAGGAGGUGCCGGUGGACUCGCACCUGCGGCCGCCCAGCCCGCCGCCGCGCAGCCGCAGCGCCAGCGUCGACGUCGCCGAGCGGGAGCGUGACCGGCGCGCGAGGGAGGCGCACAGAGCACACAAGGAUGACAGUUUGGAGGCGGAGCGCCCUCGCGAGCGGGAGCGUGAGCCGUCUGGUGCGCGCUCGGGCUCGCCGGGGACCAGCGCCGGAAGUUCGGGCGGCGCGGGGACCGCGGGGGGCGGCGCGCAGGAGAGCCUGUCGGUGGAGGACACCAACCGGCUCCGCGCCAAGCUCGGCCUCAAGCCGCUCGAAGUCGCUGAGGCGCCCGCCGACGACGGCAAGUUCAAGGACGACCUGGGCGAGUUCUACCACAAGCCGGCCGCCAGCAUCACGCAGCAGAAGAAGGCCGACAAGCUGCGCCAGCGCCUCGACGAGCGCCGCGAGAAGCGCAAGAUCGAGCAGAAGCUCAAAACAACUUUGCUGGCGGACGAAGAUGACGGAGAGGAUGCCCUCGCAUGGGUGAAGAAGUCUCGUGAGAUUGAAAAACAAAAACGAGAGGCAGCUAAAAGGGCGGCUAUGCUGGACGAGAUGGACGAGGUGUUCGGCGUGUCGGCGCUGGUGGCGGACGAGGCGCGCUCGGACCGCGCGCGCGCGUACGGCGAGCGGCAGCUGCGCGGCCUGCGCGUCGCGCACGACCUCGAUGCUCUGGAGGAGGAGCGCGACGUGGUGCUGACGCUGGCGGACGCGCCCGUGCUGGCCGACGCCGACGACGUGCUCGUCAACGUCAACAUCGUCGACACCGAGCGCUCGCAGAAGAACAUCCUAAACCGCAAGAAAGCCAAAAGCGGGUACCAGGCGUACGACGACGAAGAGGAGAUGGAGGCGGCCGCGCUGGGCUACCGCAAGCCGGUGCUGGCCAAGUACGACGAGGAGAUCGACAAGGACGCCGCCGCGCGCGCCCGCGGCUUCGUCAUCGGCGACCACGCCGCCAUCGAGGCCAAGCGCUUCCGCGACAUGAUGCGGCAAGAGCGGCUGGCGGGCGGCGUGGAGAAGCGGCUGGAGUCGCUGCAGCUGCCGCCGCUGCAACUGGCCACCGACUACCUGGACGAGCACGAGAUCAGCGCCAAGUUCAAGAAGACUAAGAGGAAGGGUAAAAUUCGUAAGAAGGCUAAACAAGAACCGAUAGACGUGGAUGAUUACGAGGCGGGUACGGCGCCAUUGGAGACAGAUGAUACAGAGGUGGGCGGCACGAGCGCAGGCGGGUCCCAGCGCGGAGCCCUGGUGGAGGACGAGGCGGAGGCGGAGCCCGACGCGGAGCUGCAGGCGGCGCUGGCCCGCGCGCGCCGCAUGCGCCAGGCCGCCGCCACCGCGCGCGCCAUGCCCAAGGUGGAAGAGAUCCUGGAGAGCGUGAAGGAGGAGGUGAAGGAGGAAGUGGAGGAGGCCCCGGAGGGCUGCAUGGUGCUGGACGCCACGGCCGAGUUCUGCCGCACGCUGGGCGACGUGCCCUCCUACGCCGGCGCCCGCGCCGAGCGCCCGCCCGCGGAGGCGGCGUUCGACGACAUGGAAGUGGAGGGCGCGGCGGAGGCCCGCGGCGGCGCCUGGAGCCGCGUGGACGUGGGCAGCGACCAGCCGCCCGACAUCGCCGCCGGCGCGUCGGUGGGCCUGGAAGCGGAGCCGGCGCUGGGCGCGGGCGUGGCGGGCGCGCUGCGGCUGGCGCUCAGCAAGGGCUACCUGGAGCGCGCCGGGCCCGCGCCGCCCGCGCGGGCGCCGCACCACCUGCUCGCCGCCCGCCACUACUCCAUCGAGGACAAGGCGCUCGGCGAAGACGACAAGUACGGGCGGCGCGAGCGCGGCGGGCACUCGGGCCCGCUGCAGGACUUCCGCGAGAAGAGCAACUUCCGGCCCAACAUCAAGCUGGAGUACGUGGACGACGACGGCCGCCCGCUGUGCCCCAAGGAGGCCUUCCGCUACCUGUCGCACAAGUUCCACGGCAAGGGGCCCGGCAAGAACAAGCAGGAGAAGCGCAUCAAGAAGGCCGUGCAGGAGGGCCUGAUGAAGAAGAUGAGCUCGACGGACACGCCGCUGGGCACGCUGCAGAUGCUGCAGGACAAGCAGCGCGAGACGCACUCCGCCUACAUCGUGCUGCAGGGCGCCAAGCGCGAAUCCGGCGCCUAACCGCUCCCGGCUGCCAGCCCAUCGGCGCUGAAAUUAAUUACCAAUACAUUCACAAAAACACAUUUCAUAUGGCUUUUGGUUACAGUUUAUUAAGUACAAAAUGUAAAUUAAAUCACCUCUCUUGAGAUUCCAAAGUAUGCUUUUAUAAAGGUAGUUUUCAAAGUAAAACUUGAGGUACACCUGCACAGAAGUAUACAUUUUGAAAUUAACCGUAACCAUUAAUGUAUUUGAAUUUUGGAACAGUGCAAGAUGUACAUUUUCGCAAUUUAUUCUGAAAUAAAGAAUGGAUUAUAAAUUAA